UUAAUUUGCCUAAAAAUGAUAGAUAUUGAAGCCCAACAGUUUAGGCCGAUAGACCAUUAGAGGCAAAGGCCACAGUCAUAGUCAUGUGCACGUUGUCUAUGCGGCCCAAACAAACCAUUAACAAUGCUCGGGUGACGCUGGCUGCUUCUGCUCGAAAAAUGGUUUCUUUCCUCCCAUGGCUUCAAAGGCGCCUCUUUAGCGCCGAAGUCUCCCGAACCCACCAAAAUCAUCGUAAUUGGACCGUAAAGCAAGUCACCAAGUCGAAUUUCAGCGACUGUCUGGAGGGAAUCAAGUCUCACAUCUCAAGUUCUGAUUUCAUAGCCGUGUCUUUGCAGAAGACAGGCUCUUUCUCCGCUCCAUGGCACCAUGUCUCCCCUUUCGACACCCCCGACACCGCUUACUUGAAAACAAAGCACGCCGCUGAACGCUUUCAGGUUCUUCAGUUCGCUGUUUGCCCCUUCACUAUCACUGCGUCUCGAGUCACUGCCUACCCAUAUAAUUUUCAUCUAUUCCCUAGGGAUGAAUUGAAAAUAGGGAUGCCUUCUUACAGUUUUUCUUGUCAAACGUCAUAUCUGAGUUCUAUGGCUCGAGAAGGCUUUGAUUUUAAUGCUUGUAUAUAUGAUGGCAUAUCAUAUUUGUCCAGAGCACAAGAAUCUGCUGCAAAAGUUCAGAUGGGGAAUGCAAUAUCUGCUAAUGCUAUGGUAGAAUCUACUUCUACUCCUUCUGUUGCUGAUACGGUUUUCAUUCAAAGGACUAGAUCACGUGUUAAGAAUUGGAAAAAUGCAUUUACAGAUUCAAGUACAAGAGCUGAUGAGCCUUUGUUGAGAUCCCUGAGAAAACUCAUAUUAAGAAGUGAAGAGUAUAAUUCAAGACCAUGCAUGAAUAUAGAUGUUUGCAGCGAACGACAAAUGCAACUUGUAAUUGAGAUGUUGCAAGAAUUCACCGAUGAUCUUGUUCCUCUAAUAAUUCCAGCAAAGGGUGGAGGAACCCAAUCAGUCCGUGUUGUCUUAGCAAGUUCAAAAGAAGACAAGGAACUUCUUCAGAUGGAGCUUCAAAACGAUGAAGAAAAACAAAACAAGAAAAUUCGUGGCUUUCGAGAGGUGAUCGAUCUGAUUUCUGCUUCACAGAAGCCUGUUGUCUCCCACAAUUCCCUUAAUGAUUUUACAUUCGUUCAUUCAAAAUUUCUAGCUCCUCUACCUACCAACAUGGAGGAGUUCAUGUGUUCCUUGUGCUUAGCUUUUCCUCAGGUAAUCGAUGUCAAUCAUCUGAUGAAGGAAAUUAGCCCUAUGAGAAAAGUGACAAAUUUACCUAUGGCUAUUUCUUACUUGAAGAAUCGGUUCUUUGCACCAGUUGAUGUGGAAAUUCCAUUCCAAGCUUUGGUAAAUGAAGGCAAGAUUCAUGGGCAUAAUGUUGUUAGGAUUUGUCAAUUGUUUGCAAAGCUGUGCUAUAUACUCAAACUUGCUCCUAAUUCUAUCCAAUCCAAUGACAAAAAUCUAGCUUCAGCACUUGAAGCUUAUUCAAACAUUUUCAAUCCGUAUUCCCCUAGCCCCCAAGAACCAAUUGAUGGGGACAUCAGAAUUUGGACUAACAACACAAUAAAAGUAAGCUGUGAGGAUUUGGUUUUCUUGUGGGGCUUUAGGGAUAUGACAGCUGGGAUGCUGAAGAGCAUGCUUCAAGCGUCUCAUAAAGUUUUCUCCGAGGAAUUUGAUGUUAGAUUAGUGGACAAGAGUUGUGCCAUUGUGGUAUUCAGACGACCUGGUUUAUCUAAAACUUUUCUGGAUGUCCUGAAUGGUGGUUCAGAGAUUGUUGGACCUUUAAGGGAGAUGGUCUCAGAAGGUGUAAGAGCUGCGAGUUAUGAAACUUACAACAGAGCUUGCAGGUUGGGUACAUGGGAUGCAAAUUUAGCAGAUGCCCUAGACAAAGCCUUGGCAGAUCUUGAUUACCCUUCAGGAGCUGAUUCUAAAACAAAGUCAUUAGACACUUACUGGUGCAGUGAAUGGGUGAUCAACUUGGAUGAGCUGUGAGGUUUUGCAUUCUAAUUCUUGAAUGAGAAAACUGUGUUGCUUUGAAUUGCAAAUUGACAUACAUGUAGAAUUGUAUAUUAUUUGAUGCUAGAAAUUAACAAGCUACGAUGCCAUGCGUGAUGCUGC